AGAGGGGUGCCCCCAUUCAGAAAAAAGAAAAUGACAUAGAGCCGGGGAGCGGAGCCGGGCGGCGUUCCCCGCGGAACUGGGUGUAACCAUCUCCGGCGCGCCGAGCCCGCGGCUGCCCCGGGGUCCGCGGCCCCGAUGGCUCCGGAGCGCGGGGCUCGCUCGCUGCCCUGCAGCACUGACGGGCUGCCCAGAGCCUUCCUGCAGAGCCUGCGGACCCUCUUCGACAUCCUGGAUGACCGGCGGCGGGGCUCCGUGCACCUGCGGGAGAUCGAGUCCCGCUGGCAGGGGGCCGAGGCCCGGGAGCUCCCCCCCGGCGUGCUGGAGGGGCUGCGGCAGGCGGCCCCGGCCAGCGGCUACCUCACCUUCGAGAAGUUCGUGCUGGGGCUGCGGGCCUCGCUGCUGAGCCCGGCGAACGGGGGUACAGCGGCCCGGCCGGCCCCGGGGGGGUGCGACCCCCACGGCAAGGCGCGCCCCGCCGCCCCUAAGGGCGGGCCGGGCCGAGGGCCAGGGGAGCCCAGGCCGCUAGCGGAGAAGGGCGGGUACUCGAGCGGGCUCGCCGGCCGCUCCUCUCGGAGCAUGGAGAAGAUCCCCAGCCCGCCGGGAGCCCCCGCGCACCGGGCCGAGGGGGACCGCGGGGGGCAGAGCCACGGCAGGCGCAGAGGUACCGAUGGGAAGCCCACAGGACAGUCCCAUAGCGAGGGCAACGGCACGGGGGUGGCAGACGCUCGGCGGCAUGAGAGAGGUCAUGGUGAACACCGGAGACACACCAUCACCAACGGGGUGGACUAUGGCAUGCUGAAGCAAAUGAAGGAGCUGGAGCAGGAGAAGGACUUCCUGCUCCAGGGGCUGGAGAUGGUGGAGCGGACCUGGGAAUGGUACCACCAGCAGAUCCAGACAGUGCAGGAGCGCCAGAAACACCUGGGGAAAAACAAAACCACAAACGACUUCUUCCCGGAGGGGAACCAAAGCCACCUGGGUCACCUUCUACCCAAGCUGCAGGAAGUGAACCACUGCCUCAGAGAGCUCCUGUCCACCUCGGGGAAGCCUCUGAACUCCUCCUCGUCGGCGUUGACCAGACAGGUCCCUGCUGCCCCCACGCUGCCUCCUGCCCUGGCAGGGCCCCAGCAAGCCAUCAGUGUGCUGAAGGAGCAAAACCGGCUUCUCACCAAGGAAGUGACCGAGAAGAGCGAGCGAAUCACCCAGCUGGAGCAGGAGAAAUCCGCCCUGAUCAAGCAGCUGUUUGAGGCACGGGCCCGAAAUAACCAUGAAACAAGCCAGCUGGACUCCACCUUCAUCUAGCCCCCCUGCUGACCUCCCACACCCAGGCCAGGGCUCUGGGGAGAGGCUGGGCAGGGACACUGCUGCAAAAGCAGCCCCAGCCAGCCUAGCUCAGAUGCCAGGUCUGAGCCUCCAUGGGGCCUAGGCUUAUUGUGGGUUUCUAUGGGGCCGUGACUCCUGCCCAAGUCUCGUUGGUUCCCUUGCUCCUUGGUGAUGCUGCGCCUCAUUUCUGGUAGAUCUGGAGGUGCUAGCAAAACACCUGAACAGAUCCCUGUCUGAUACCAGAGCCUGUCCCAGGCCUCCCUUGCAGAGCUCUGACACCUCCCCACAUCUGUGCACUGGGUUGUGACUGGAUGGCAUCUCCCUCUCGGGUAUGCUGUUGCCCUUCUGCCUUGGAAACUGAGCGGGGCACCAUGCAAGUCUUCCUGAUUCAUUUCGCUUGUGGUGAGGGAAGCACCAUACUCCAAAGGUUUUCUCCUCCUUCCAAGUGCUGUUGCUGCAGCUGUACAGUACGCGGGAGGGCUGUUAUGGUCUCAGCCCCUUGCAUGACAUGGCUGAAUGCCGGCUGCUUUCCGAAGAGGACUGUGUAUUGCUGUUUAACGCUCCUGUUGGCAUCUAAGGGGCACAGUGACCACUCAGAGGCUGGUCCCUCACGUGCCUAACCCCUCACUCCAGCACCGGGCUAACUUGAAUGUCCAUGGUACUGUCCCAAGAUCCACCUGCUCAUGACACCAAGACCCUAUUUGCAGUAGCUGGUGCAGAUCCUCAUGGCAUGAUAGUCCCUCUCUCGUGUUUGGAGUAGUGAUGAAAUAGUCAAUGUUUACACUUCAACUGACAUUAAGUUUUGGGGUUAACACCUCAGUGAGAUGAAUAGGGCAGUUCCCAGCUCUGAGCUACUGUUCCAGGCUGCCUGCAGGGGUAAAAACUGUUGGUUGGUUGGUUUGAAAUGCACAAGGGAGCAGCUAGCAGGGUCCUGGAGCCAGCCCACUCCGUCACCUUGUGUUACCGAACAAACUCAGCUGGAGGGCAGGAUGCAGAUGGACUGUUCCCUUCCCUCCCCACUUCUGCCUGCCUUCUGAGUGGUGAAGAAAUUGCUGCUUUGCUGGGCUGAAUGCUGCAAUCACCUUCCCAGGGCAUGACCUGUUUACAGGGGUGGGUGGGCUUUUUGGAAGCAUGAACCAGGAGGGGCAGGUGCUGCUCAGGGUAUUUCCCCUCACGUUUCUUUUCAUACUCCUGAUCAGCGCAGAACUGUCCAGGAUGGUGCCUCGACCACGCAGGGCCCUGGCAUCAUAUUGCUCUAGCAGCAUCGGUGACACUGAAGGACAUCGCUGACCCCCAUGAGUUGAGCUGCUGUUUCCCUCUCCUCUUAAUGUGGCCCCCCCUUUCCAUUCUCCCGUCAUUCAUCCUCCACGCUGCCACCUUCCAAUGGGGCAGAAAGGUGGCCUUAAGAAAAGCCUCUUGUAGCUGCUCCCUGUGACUCCUCACCAGCCAUAGGGCUGUGCCAGAACAUGGUUCUCUCUGGCUCAGGCAUUAACGAAGCUGCCAGCCACCUGCUUCCUCCACCCACCCCAAAUCUCAACCUAGGUGCCUGUACAAACUGGAAUGGAUCUUAAUGUCCCUUCCCCCCCCCCCCCCCCGCAUUGCACUGAGACAGCAGUUUGACAAACCUUCCUCUGAUCUACCUGGCUGACUGAAGGCCAUAAACCCAAGUCCUAAAUAGACUGUGAACAAUGGUGGGAAAGGAGGUGACUGCAGCCCAGAACUGUGUGCAGCAACCCAGCGCAAUGGGCCCCAGUGCUGACUGGCAGGCAGGGUGUUGCUGUAAUGAUAUCACCUGGUCUGCACAUAUCAGAACAGUGGGUCUCUUGCCAAGCACCAAGGAAUAUUGCUCUGCCCCCUCUAAGGCAAGUCCCUCUUAGUUUCUGGGGAGAGCUGCACUGGCAGGAGGCCCAGUUGCUGAGAGUCAGAUCUGUUGAUCUAGCAGGAGUGAGAUCUCUGGGCCUGGUUUUGCUCUCCUGCCCAUUCUCUAGGCUUCGCGCCCUCUGCUCCGCAGAGCCAAGCUGAACUCGCCAUUCCUGGUCCUCUGGUUCCUGGAGCUGUCACAGAACAAACUUAGUAAAGCCAGGGGUUUCAGGCUAUGAGAUCACCUUCCAGUUCUGUGCUUAAGUGCAUGGAGCCUGGUGUGUGUCUGUUCACACAACAGGUUACCCCUUGGACCUUUCGUUUGUGGCUGUUUCCAUCCAUCCCCUCUCACGAGAUGUUUGCGCCUGGCCCUGCUGCCUGGGGAUGCUUGUUUUUAUUCCUAGGAGGGGUUAAAGAGGGCUCCAGUCUCCUAGCCUGCCCUACCUCCCACUGCUGCUAUGGGCAUUAUGAAAUCCCUCUUGUCAAUGUUUACAGCUUGGCCUCUGUAGGCAGCUGCCAGCAGCGUAUGUAGCAGUAGCUGAGCUCCUUGGUGAGUUUUUGUAUUGUCUAACGACACUUGUGAUAGUUCACAGGCUUUUUUUUCAAAUAAAAAGCAAAAAUAACACCAGGGGUCUGUGUUCUCUGCGAUUGAUGUGCGGUGACAGCUGUGGAUGCAGGCACCUUGGUGAGCUAGUCCCAUCUAGCAGGUGCAGCUACUGUGUUGGGGGACAGCGACCCUUCCUGCAAAUGC